AUGUGGUCAGCUCCGUGCCGGACGUGCGCAGUGUCGGGGAUGCAGGAAACGGGACGUGCCACGCGCCGUUGGGCUCUUGCGGCAGUUGCAGAAGGCCGCAAGCAGUCGGAGCACCAAUUACCUGCGCACGCAUGGUGGCAGUUGGUCUUGGACACGUGCCCGUUUUUUUUCUUCUGCGAGUUGCUUGGUGGCUCUGUUUGGCUUUCCUGCAUGGGCUCAAGCCAUUCUCACGAUCUAUUGCAAUCGACACCCCUUUGCCUCGAGCCAAUGGCACUGUUGAAGCUUGCGCUUUUGCUGGUCCUUGCAUCGGCGGAGGAUUGCACAGCCAGCCAGGAAGUCAAUCUCCUGCAGCGUGAAACUGUGCUGUCCCUUGACAAGGAAGUCACUGCCUCUGGAUAUUCAAUCAACGUCAAGACUCUCACAGGAAAGACCAUUGAAGUUGACGUGGAGUCCUCCGACACUGUCGAGCAGGUGAAGGCCAAGAUUCAGGAUAAGGAAGGAAUUCCGCCCGACCAACAGCGCUUGAUCUUUGCUGGCAAGCAGCUUGAAGACGGAAGAACGAUGGCUGAUUACAACAUUCAGAAAGGCAGCACCAUACAUUUGGUCCUCAGACUGCGAUUGUGA